AUUUAUUUUAUUAAUUCAUGGGCAGAAUCCUGUCACUGUGAGUAUAAAUACAAAAAUUACGAAGACCGAAGUGAAUUUUUGUAAAAGCUCAAAGAUUAUGACAAACUAAAUCAAAUCGCUCUAACUGGUACUCAUGUUUCUGCGGCAUACUCUAAAUCCUUGCUACCUUCAGUGAGAACCCAAGAUCUCAGUAUCAAGGAGCAAUUGGAAAGUGGAGUCCGUGUUUUUGAUAUUCAUAUACGUAGUGUUUUCAACUAUGUCAGAGGAAGAAUAUUUUGCAGAAAGUUCCACGAUGAGUGAUUGUGAAAUAAUCGACCAGUAUGCGACUGGAAGCAACGGAUGGAGAUUGAGGAAAAACUGGACUUUAAGAGAUUCUAUCGGGAUGCAUCGGGGCCGAAUUUUGCUUGCGAGGGGAAACAGAAACUAUCGAUUUGCUGAGUGUACGGUUAAUUUAAACAAGCAGUGUCUCAUUCAGAGUUUCAAAAAUUCACCGUGGAGUUUUAAGGACAUCGACUACAAAUGGCGGGAGAUUCAAAAGUUGCAAGCCACGAGUUUCCAUGCUAAUUAUGAAUGUUUUAUCAACGAUAUGGGAGGUGUUUAUUUGGAGUCCUACCCGGAAGAAACGGCUAAAACUGGGAUUACGCAUAUCAAUGGAUGUUCUUUGCCGUUGAAUUAUCGAAUGGCUUGUUAUUUUGUUAAUUCGUAUCGUGGAUUGACAAUUGUGAUGGCUGAUUUUCCAACCCAAGAGUUAAGUAAUCGUAUCAAUGAUAGUAAUAUGAAUUAUACGUACGAUAGUUGUCCCGAAUUUUUGAAUAAUCCUGUAAUGAAUUGAUGUAAAUCAAUAGGGCUAAAAAUAAUUGAUGAUCUGUAACGCAAUUAGUGAAGAAAUAAAUGUAUUAUUUUU